AUGGCGACUGCGAGUGCCCAGCCCACGGACCCCGUCGUCCAGGAGAAGGCAUCUGCCGUUGGUCCCUACAAGACUCCCGCUCUGUCACCUCUGCCCAGUGUGGUUGUCCCCGAGCGGCCGGCCUUGACAGCUGAGCAGCAAACCAAAUAUGACUGGCUGCUCGAAAAGGCAAAGUCCUGGACAGAUGUCCCCGCGGAAGCAGACAAGGCCGGCCCUCUCACCGACAGCGAGAAGAUGUGGCUUAGCCGCGAGUGCCUGCUGCGAUACCUCCGCGCCACCAAGUGGGACGAGAAUGUGUCUGAGAAGCGUCUGCUCGACACGUUGAAGUGGCGUAGAGAGUACGGCAUCGAGGAGCUGACAUUUGAGCACAUCUCGCCAGAGAACGAAACUGGCAAGCAAAUCUCAUUCGGUUUCGACAAGCAGGGCCGGCCCUGCCACUACCUCAACCCUGGUCGCCAGAACACGGAGCAGUCCCCUAGACAGAACCAGCACCUCUUCUUCAUGAUCGAGCGCCUGGUCGACAACAUGCCCGUUGGGCAGGAGACCUUGGCUCUGCUGAUUAAUUUCAAGCAGAGCAAGAGCCGGUCCUCCACGUCGCCGCCGCUGUCCCAGGGUCGCGAGGUGCUCCACGUCCUGCAGACACAUUACCCGGAGAGACUGGGCAAAGCAUUGAUCAUCAAUGUCCCUUGGGUUGUCUGGGGCUUCUUCAAGCUCAUCACGCCCUUCAUCGACCCCCUGACCCGGGAGAAGCUCAAGUUCAACGAGGACAUGACGCAGUACGUGCCCAAAGAGCAGCUGUGGACGGAGUUCCCUGGUGGCGAGGCCGAGAUCGACUAUGACCACUCGGUCUACUGGCCUGCGCUGGAGAAACUGUCCCGGGAGAGGCGCGCUGAGCAGAUGAAGAGAUGGGAGGCCCGCGGCAAGCAGAUUGGCGAGUCCGAGGACUACCUUCGUGGCAAGGACGCUUGA